CGGGGCCUGGCAGCGGGCCGGGCCGGGAGCGCUGCCCGCCUGCGCCACCGCCGACCCGGGGUUCGAGAGGGCGAAGCCGCUACUGCGGCCCGGCUGUCGCUGCGGCCCCGGCGCAUGGAGCUGCCGGGGGAGGGCGGCGAGAUGGCGGCCGCGCUGCGGGCGGCUAAGCGGGCGCUGCGAGGGGAGCUGCGGCAGCGGCUGCGGGCGCUGGGCGAGGCGGAGAAGCAGCGCCAGUCCCGCCUGCUCACUCGUAAGGUGAUCAGCCAUCCCAAGUACCAAGAAUCCAAAAGAAUUGCAAUCUUCCUCAGCAUGCCAGAUGAAAUCCAGACAGAAGAAAUCAUUAAGGACAUUUUUAAGCAAGGAAAAGAGUGUUUCAUCCCACGGUACAAGCCUCACAGCAAUCACAUGGACAUGCUAAAGUUAUCAUCGGCCGAAGACAUUUUGUCACUUGCGCUGACAUCCUGGAAUAUUCUUCAGCCUAGUGACGAUGACAGUGCAAGAGAGGAGGCUCUUGCUGGUGGAGGUCUUGACCUUAUCUUCAUGCCAGGCCUUGGAUUUGACAGCAAAGGCAACAGACUGGGAAGAGGGAAAGGAUAUUAUGAUACCUAUCUUGAAAGAUGUAUGAAACAUCCUAGUGGAAAGCCUUACAUGAUUGCCUUGGCUUUCAGGGAACAGAUUUGUGAAUCAGUGCCUGUGACAGAAAAUGAUGUCCAAGUAGAUGAAGUCCUUUAUGAAGACAGCUGAGAGAAUCUUGAUACCAACCCACCUUCAGUGACCAACCAAAGAUGUCAGUCAUGACUUUUUAAUAGUCACAUGUGACUUCGGGAGCAAUACAGUACACUAUUUGUCUUUAAACCAAAAAAACCCACCUCACAGUGUGGUAACAGUAGUGAGGAUUGCAUUGAUUUGCUUCUAAUUAGCAAAUACCUGGUGUGAAUUCUUCUAAAAUCAAUAGAAACAAGAAUGUGUGACUGUUUAUUAGAGAAAGGACCAUUUCCUCUCAUCAUACUUUUGAGGAACAAUCUAUUUAAUACUUAAUAGUUUUAUUAUUCCAGUUGAAAAGUAAACUGUCUAUAUUAAUGACAGUUCUUGAUCUAUUCUUGAAUUAGAGACUUCGUGUUGUAAAAGUUGUUAGUACUUCAAUAUUAUGUCCGUCCAUGAGCAAAAAAGAAACUGUCAGAUAAGUCCUGCAGUAAACUGGGUUAAAAAUGGUGAUUGGAAAAAGAGCCUUAAUUGAUUUUAAUGUAUAUGGUAAUUUUGACUUUAUUUGGCCCUUUAAAUUGCCUUAAAAUAAAGGGAGUAUCUGUGAAUAAAAAAAAUGUUGAUGUCCAUA